GUCGAAUGUCAACUCGAGAGAACACUGGACAGUUAUCGCAGUGUCCAGUGCGCGCGGCGAGUACACUCGACAGUCGCCGCCGACCUCGUCGCCACCAUGGAGCUGCUGACAAUCUUGCUACUUGCUAGUUUUAUUCAAUUCGCGAGCUUUACCCAUUCGCCUUGCGUGAUAGAGUUGGAAUGCGCGGAGUGUCUGCCGGACAACAUGCCGCUGGUGACGUCGCACCGCGCCGCCAACGGCUCGCUGCGGCUGGCGGACGGCGACGCGCUGCAGCUGUCGUGCGGCGCGGGCCGCUUCCUCGCCGCGCCCACCGCCGCCGCGCUCGCCGCGCGCUGCCGCGCCGGACGGUACGUCGCACUCGGCCGCCUGCUACACCUGCGCGAGCUCGGCUGCCAGCAGAGCAUCUUUGAAGACGUGCUCCACCAGGUCGAUGACUGCGGAAAUUUGCAAGGCCGAGCAUAUCUGAUGCACGAAACGGGAGGACGAGCACGUCACCUAGCGACCGCUUGCUUCGACGCGGACCGCGGUGUGGCCACACGCCUGCAGACGACGACAGGGCCGGGCUCCGCGGAGCCGGCGCACUCGCACGCGUCGGCGCCGCGCAGCCUGCUGGGUAAUUUCAACCAAAUGUUCGACUCAGCCACGCGACUGGCGGCCGAGCGCCUCUACUCCGACGACGUUCGUCUGAAUCGGCGCCUGCACGAACUGCUCCGACACGAUCACUAUUCGUUCGCCGAUCAGACGCUCACUUCGGGCAAAUUGUUGAGCAGUCGUUAUUUCGAUGACCAGUUCAUGAGAGUCACCGAUUUCGUUUCCAACAAAGUGGCAGUAUGGAGCAGCGUAGCCAAAGGCAACCUGCAUCACCUGCACCAAGACGUGGCCCGGUUCGUGGAGUCCAGGCGUGAGCAGGAGGAGGUGGAAGUGUUGGCCGGCACGCACGGGGUGCUGUCGCUGCGCACGGGCGGGGCCGGGGGCGCGCCUGGGGCCGGGGGCGCGGGUGGGGCUGGGGACGCGGGUGGAGCCGGGGGCGCGGGUGGCGCUGGGAGCGGGCGCACGGACGUGUACCUGAUGGCGGGCGGGCGGUUCCCGGUGCCGCGCUACGUGUGGACGGUGGUGCACGCGCGCGGCUCGCGGCGCGCGGUGGCGCUGGUGGUGCUGAACGACCCGUUCGUGGCCGUCAGCGAGAUCCGCGCCGCCGUGUUCUGCUCCAGCUCGUGCAGCGAGGUGGGCUGGCUGCGGGGGCUGCGCGCGCAGCGGCGCUACGAGAGCGCGGUGUACGGGCUGGUAUUCUGCUGCAGCCUGCGAGACUUCGCGGCGCACGUGGCCGGGCUGCCGGCCCGCCUCGACACCGACAUGCCAUUGCUCACCUAGCUGCACGGACUCUAGUCUAGCUAUGUGUCGGGUGUGUUACUAUACCAUUCAGUUGUCACAGUAAUUUUAUUAGGUAAUUAUGCUGAUGGUCGUACGAAAUAAAACAAAUAUUAAAAUUCUUA